CCAUCUUUUUCCAACUGCACGUCUGGUCGGCUUCGGUUUGGAGAUCUAGGCAUGCGACUGUGAUACCCACGAUAAUCUGUCACCAUGGUUUUCCUCGCAGGGGUCAGCUUCGGCGACCAGAAGCUCGUCAAGAAAGCCCUCGAGUCCUUCUAUGCCCUUGGGCCCACAGUAUCUGCCCGAAUUAUGGCAAAAUACUCGAUUCACAAGCUCGCCAAGGUCGGAUCCCUCGCUCCCAGAACCGUCACCUCCAUUACGGCCGAAUUAUCACAAAUGACUAUCGAAACGGACGCCCGCCGCUUGUUACAAGAGAAUAUUCGACGACUAAAGGAUAUGGGAUCAUACCGGGGUAGACGCCACGCAAUGGGUCUGCCAGUCCGUGGUCAACGAACAAGGACACAGACGGCGACGGCCAACAGACUCAACAGGGUGGAACGACGAGGUUAAGCGCAUCAUUGGAAGAGUGGGUUACCUGGAAUUGGGUAUGAAGGUCGGCAAAUAUCCCCCGAGAGGAUGUUAUGGCAUGUCUAAAUGCUAGAGAGAAUACACCGAGGAGAGACAACCAGCAAGGCUAUCUCCUUGUCAUACCAGACUUGUAUAUAUAAUGUACGAUCAAAUGGAAAUGAAAUCUAUAUGGCCGCGUUCAAGCGCGGUACUAACAACUUUACGCAUGUCCCAAUGAAGCCUCUUGAGCUUCGUCAAACUUCAUCUUUGGCAAAUCAUCCUCUAGGGGCAGCUGCCCAUUGGCCUGCAGCUUAGCAGCAACAGUGUCGACAUCUUUCCACACACGUAGCAGAUUACCUCCAACAACCUUGGCUG